CGCGAUGGACGACAUCUUCACGCAGUGCCGGGAGGGCAACGCAGUGGCUGGGCUGGACAACACUGAGAACGACCUCAACCAGGGGGAUGACCAUGGCUUCAGCCCGCUGCACUGGGCCUGCCGGGAAGGCCGUGCCAAUGUGGUGGACAUGCUCAUCAUGCGCGGGGCACGCAUCAACGUCAUGAACCGCGGCGACGACACCCCCCUGCACCUGGCUGCAAGCCACGGCCACCGUGACAUCGUGCAGAAGUUGAUCCAGUUCAAAGCAGACAUCAAUGCUGUGAAUGAGCACGGGAAUACGCCGCUGCACUACGCCUGCUUCUGGGGACAUGACCAAGUGGCAGAGGACCUGGUGGGCAACGGGGCCUUGGUCAGCAUCGCUAACAAGUAUGGUGAGACGCCCACGGACAAAGCCAAGCCACCGCUGCGGGAGGUCUUGAGAGAGCGUGCCGAGAAGCUGGGGCAGAGCCUCACCAAGAUCCCCUACAAGGACACCUUCUGGAAGGGCACCACGCGCACGCGCCCCAGGAACGGGACUCUCAACAAACUCGCUGGAAUCGACUUCAAGCAGCUGAUCUUGAGCCAGAAACUCAACGAGAACCAGUCAGGGGAGCUGUGGAAGGGGCGC